UCAGGAAAGCCUUCAAACUAAAUUAAAUUUCCCAGACGGCCGGGAUCGAGUUUCAGUCACCUUACCAGUCAGCAUGGCAAAAAUUCCGACGGCGAGUUUGAUGGAGUGUGAGAAGGCGAUGCCAGUGAUUGGGUUAGGCACCUGUGCGUAUCCCCGGCCGGACAGCGGGACGGCCAAGGCCGCAAUCGUGGAAGCCAUCAGGGCAGGAUACCGGCACUUCGACACAGCCUUCGCUUACGGGUCAGAGAAGCCGCUGGGAGAGGCAAUCGCCGAAGCAGUGAAUCUGGGGCUGGUCCGCCGCGAGGAGCUCUUCAUCACAACUAAGCUGUGGGCCAGCUUUGCUCAUCCGGAUCAAGUUGUUCCUGCCUGCAAAAUGAGCCUCCAGAAUUUGGGGUUAGAAAAUGUGGACAUGUAUCUGAUACACCUACCGGUUAGACUGAAGGAAAUGGUAGAAAGUUUUCCAGUUUCAGAGGAGAAGAUUGAGGCAUUGGAUAUAAAGGGUGUGUGGGAAGGGAUGGAAGAGUGCAAGAGGAUUGGGCUGACAAAGGGAAUUGGAGUCAGCAAUUUCUCCUGUAAAAUGCUUCAACACCUCCUUUCUGUUGCCAAAAUCCCUCCUGCUAUCAAUCAAGUUGAGAUGAACCCAAUAUGGCAGCAAGAGAAGCUGAGGGAGUUUUGCAAGGCAGAGGGGAUUCAUGUGACAGCAUAUUCUCCCUUGGGUGCAAACAACACCAAAUGGGGAGACAAUAGGGUUAUGGGGUGUGAUGUGCUAGCACAGAUUGCAAAAGCCAAAGGGAAAAGUGUUGCGCAGGUUUCACUGCGCUGGAUUUAUGAGCAAGGCGUGAGCUUGGUGACUAAGAGCUUCAACAAGGAGAGGAUGAGAGAGAACCUCCAAAUAUUAGAUUGGUGCCUUAGUGAGGAAGACCACAAAAUCAUCUCUCAGAUUCCACAGCGCAAGGCUUCUAAUCUGGCCGCCAUUUUUGGACCUCAUCCUCUUGUGCUGCAACUCGAUGCAGACCUAUGAUGAAUCAAUGCAUGCAUGCACGCUUACAUUCUCACUACUAUACACAAUUAUGACUCCAUCUCUAGUAUUUUAAUUUGUUCUCAUCCACUGUUUUUCAUUUCCAUCUGUACCAUUCAAUAAAUAUAUACCAUCCACUACUUUUUUCCUCA